AUGGUUUCCGAAAUUCUAUACAAUACACCAGACUUUGAUCCUGGUUCGAAUUUAAAUCAAUUGAUUAAAUCUAUACUUGAUUAUCAGUCAAAAAGACAAAGUGAUGAAUCGCUAAGGCUUAAAAAGAAUUACUCUCCCAAUGAUUUCAUUUCGAAAGUUAAUAACUUAGAAGAAUUCUUUUACGACAAUAUUAGUUAUCUUACUAAAAUUCCACAAAAGAAUCAUCAGUUUUUAUGGUUACUUAGUUUGGAAUCUUUAGCAACCGCUUUGUAUAGGUAUAAGUUAUUUUACUACGAAAAUCUAUUAAAUGAUUCCUAUGUGGACAGGCAAGAAAUUUAUAAUACAAAUCACAUUUUAGGAACAAUUGCUACGAGAUUGGAAAGCAUUACCAGCCGUUUUAGAGAUUUGGCCAACCGGUUCUUUAGUGAACAUAUAUCUAUAGGGAAAUUCAUAUGUUCCGGGACGUACUCAACUAUCAUUAUGAAUAAACUAUUCAAUUUUAUAACGACCUCCUUUAAAUUACUUACCAUUGAUGAAGCAGAAGAUAUGUUAUAUAUAAAUGAGGUCACAUUAACAAUACAAUCUAUUGGCGAGUUUCUCUUUAGGUAUUAUACUUACAUUGGGGGCCUUGAAGAAGUAGCAAAACAAGAAUUAAACAAUGAUGUGUUUCCUACCCUAACUGAAUUUAUAAAAACAAUAUAUGUAAUCGGCAAAUCACAAUUAAUAUUACCAUUCAUGGUACCUAGUGAGAUCAGCAAUGACGAAUUCAAGCCUAUAAUACAUCCCAAAACACCACUUAAAGUUAUUCAAAGUUCAACAAUAGAUUUCACUUUUUUAAAGGACUAUUAUAAAUACAUCGCAUUUAACUUGCUUAGCUUAUCAUUAUCGCAAGAAACAAGUAUUGAACACGAAUAUAAUGUUCAAUCUGAUAUUUACUUUAGAGUUCUAUUAAGCUUUCCAAAUUUGAGUACUACUGUUUAUGAAAGAUUCGAGAUUUCAAAUAAUCAGCCGGAGAACCUUUUUGAUACCGGUCAGUUACAGGAAAGAAUACAAAAUGAUAACAUUGACUUUUCAUCAGUAUCAUUACUUGAAAGACAGGAAAUCUCACUUCUCUUCAUAUUAAAUUAUUUAUUGCAGCUAACUGAAUUAAGAAAUUUGAUCGAACCAGAGCAGUACUAUAAGUCAGAGUUAACAUUUUUAGUUAGAUCUUUGUCUACGAGUAUUUCGCAGGAUAUACAUGUGAGUGCAUCUAGAUCUGGAAGUUUACAUCCAUCAACAGCUCCCUCUUAUUCACAAUUGAAUAUGCUCGAUAGUAGCAACAAAAUAAAGCAAGUAUCUAAUAUCAAGUUUCUGUCUUUAAGCUCUAUCAUAUUGCAUGGCACUUAUAAAGAAAAAUUGAUUAUGAUUAUCAACUUUUGUGAGAAAUUGAACCAGAAAUCUCUUAACAUACCUCAUAUUAUUGAACGUUUUAAUCUUGAUUCCAAUUUAGAAAAUGAUUUUCAACACUUGGUUUCAAUGAUUGACACAGAAAAGUACCCUGGUAAAUUGAUAUAUGCGAAAACGAUUAGUAAGAUUACGCGGCUUUUGAAGAUGAUAAGUAUUAAACAUUUGGUGCAAAGUGCUGGUAUUAAUAACGUUCCCGAGUCUUACUUGAAUAGACUUUUUUGCUCAAAAGAACCACUAUCUGUUUCUACCAAGGUAAAGGAAAUUGUCAAAUUUACUCAAUAUAGUGACAGUAAUAAAGAGGUGUUAAUUAGAUUCGAAUCCUUGGAUAAUCGUACAAAUCCUAGUCUUAACUCUUCCAUAAAAAACCAGAUCAAUAAUUACAAUACUACCAAAGAAUUGGAGAAGCUUUCUGAUCAUUUAAAAUAG